CUCUAUGUAAAGCGAGUUGAGCAGGGAUUGACUUUUUCCUCAGGUCCUCCCAGUCCAGAGACGCGCAGCUGCAAGUCUGCAUGCACUCCUGCUCCCUCGCGAAAAAAAAAUAAGCUUCCCAAAAAAAAAUCCUACUGUUCCCCAUUUCUCAUUCUAACUGCCCGGUGGAUCAUGUAAAAAAAAAGAACUUGGGACAAUCUUUUUUUUUGAAGACCUCAUCUUUUCAGCGAGGAAGAUACAGACCAGAUUGGCAGGGUGUUGCUGCUGAACUGCAAAAAGGGAAAAUGCUCCCGGCAUUUCUCACAUUGCUCCUGACUGCCUGGGGAUUCCUUGACCCAGUGGGAGGUCAGUUCAUCCCUACACCUAGUCCGGAGGACUGUACAGGGAAGCAGGAAUGCAUGGUGACGGUGUACUUUGUCCUUGACACUUCGGAGAGUGUCGCGCUGCAGACCCGUAUCCAGGGCAACCUGGUGGACAAGAUCAAGGACUUCACCGAGGACCUGGUGAACAAGAUGACGAACGGUGCGUUCAAGAACCGGGUGAAAAUCGCCUGGGAAUUCGGGGGCUUGCACUUCUCCGAUCGGGUGGAGCAGUUCAGCCCGAUCACCGCCAGCAAGGCCGAUUUCAUCACCGCACUGCGCGCGGUGAAUUACAUCGGCCGCGGCACCUUCACCGACUGCGCGCUGCAGGAGAUGACCAAAAACAUCCAGCAGCAGAGCCGCUCCGAGUCGCGUAACCGCUUCGCCGUCGUCAUCACGGACGGCCACGUGACAGGCAGUCGAUGCGGCGGCAUCCAGCGCAACGCGGAGAAGGCGCGCGACGCCGGCAUCAAGGUGUUCGCGGUGUCAACCGACGACCUCAAGCACUCACAGUCCGAGCAAUACGAGCAGGGUCUCCGGACCAUCGCCAACUUCCCACACGAGCUCUACCGAAACAGCUACACGGCGACUUCAACCAACAGGGCCGAGCCGGCCAGGGCAAUCGAUCGCAUCAUUAAAGUCAUGAAAACAGAGGCCUUCAAUGAUUGCUACAAGAUGAAGUGUCUGGAAUAUCCAGGUGGACCUGGAUUAAAGGGAUUCAAAGGAAGAAAGGGAGAAAAGGGAAGCACUGGUGAACCUGGUGAUACAGGCCCGAUGGGACGGCAGGGCGAUCCUGGUAUCGAAGGCCCCAUUGGAUUCCCUGGUCCGAAGGGUUUUCCAGGACUAAUGGGUGAAAAGGGUGAAAUUGGAACAGAAGGAAAGAAGGGUAUCGCUGGAUUACCAGGUCGAGAUGGGAUUAAUGGACAGAAGGGAAAGCUUGGACGCAUUGGAGCCCCAGGAUGCAAAGGAGACCCUGGUGACCCGGGAGCCCCUGGCUAUCCUGGACAAGCUGGUGAGCGAGGAUUUCCUGGUGACCCUGGGCCUAAGGGAGACUUUGGGCGCCCAGGAAGAAGUGGACCUCCUGGUGAUGAAGGAGACCGAGGUCCUAAAGGGCAACUGGGACCUCCUGGGCGUGCAGGCCUAAUGGGUCAGAAAGGUGCAAAGGGGAACAAAGGCACUCCUGGACCCAAAGGCGAUGUGGGUCGCAGAGGUGAUCUGGGAUCUAAAGGCAGUCCUGGGCCGAAAGGAGAUGUGGGAGAGAAGGGUGACGCUGGAAAUGAAGGGGUACGAGGAUUGCCAGGUGAAGCCGGACUCAAAGGUGAAAAGGGAGACAUUGGGCUUCCUGGACCAAGAGGAUCCCCAGGGUCACCUGGAGCGCCAGGCUCGAAUGGAACGCGAGGAGAUCCUGGUGAGAUUGGACCAAGGGGAGAGACAGGCCCAUCAGGUCCUAAGGGUGAUAAAGGAAGGCAAGGAUUCAGCUUCCCUGGACCCAGAGGAGAACAGGGUGAAGAGGGAGUAAGAGGACCACCUGGAUAUCUGGGUAUGAAAGGAGAAAUGGGACGUAAAGGAGACGCGGGUCCUAAGGGGAACCCUGGUGAACCAGGUGACCCAGGACCAAUAGGUGAGCCAGGAAACCGAGGGAACCCAGGAGGGCCCGGUAGGGAGGGUGACCCUGGCCCUCCAGGCGACCCUGGCCUCACUGAUUGUGAUGUGAUGACUUAUGUCAGGGAGACGUGUGGGUGCUGUGACUGUGAGAAGCAGUGUGGACCACUCGAUAUCGUAUUUGUGAUUGACAGCUCAGAGAGUAUCGGCCUGACCAACUUCACCCUGGAAAAGAAUUUUGUCAUCAAUACCGUCAGCCGCUUGGGCACAAUAGCCAAGGAUCCCAAAUCUCAUACGGGAGCCCGUGUUGGCGUGGUCCAGUACAGUCACGACGGAACCUUCGAAGCUGUGCAGCUGAAUGAUCCCAAAAUCAACUCGCUGUCGUCCUUCAAGGAGGCUGUGAAGAAGCUGGAGUGGAUCGCGGGCGGCACGUGGACCCCCUCCGCCCUCAAGUUUGCGUACGACACGCUGAUUAAGGCCAACAAGCGCGACAAAGCCAAGGUCUUUGCUGUGGUUAUCACUGACGGCCGCCACGACCCCAGGGAUGAUGACUCGUUGCUCACCUCCCUGUGCAAGGGCGACGUCAUUGUCAAUGCCAUUGGCAUCGGGGACAUGUUUGCCAAGCCGCAGGAUGACGAAACGCUGAAAUCGAUUGCCUGCCGACAGGACGGCCGGGUGCAGAGGAUGAACCUCUUUGCGGACCUGGUGGCCGAGGAGUUCAUUGAUCAGAUGGAGGAGCUGCUGUGCCCUGACCCUGAGAUUAUCUGCCCUGAUCUCCCCUGUAAAACAGAGUUGGCGGUGGCGCCCUGCACCCACCGGCCCGUGGACCUCGUCUUCAUGGUCGAUGGCUCUGAGAGGAUGGGCAGCACCAACUUCCGGCAUGUGCGGGAGUUCAUCCAGAAGAUGGCCACCACACUGCCCCUGGCCAACGGCAACGGCGACUCCAGCCGGGCCCGCAUCGCCGUGCUGCAGUACGGCAGCGAGGACGAGCAGCAGCUGGUCUUUGGGCUAAGCCGUAACCUCACCGACAUCCUCGACUCGCUGGCCACCAUGACCUACCUGGACUCCUCCUCCAACGUGGGCUCCGCCAUAAUUUACGGCAUCCGCAACCUGGUGCAGAGGCCGGGCACCUCACCCCAGGCGGCACGCCGCGGGGCGGAGCUCUCUUUCGUCUUCAUCACCGACGGCACCAGCGGCAGCAAGAGCCUCGGCGAGGCGGUGGACUCCAUGCGCAAGCAUAACGUCGUGCCCACGGUCAUCGCCGUGGGGCCCGAGGUAGACAUGGACGUCCUCCUGCAGAUAGGGCUGGGCGAGAGGGCAGCUAUCUACCGAGCUGCAGACUACGCUCACAUCCUGCAGCCUAGCUUCUUCGACAGAGUGUACAAGUGGAUCUGUUAAAGACUUCAAAUGCAAUUCCCUCCUCCCCAAGAAAAUCACGUAAAAUCCACCCCUUCCUGUUUUUUUAGUUUCAUGUUAUUUCAGGAAAAGGUAAACCAAGGUGCUUUUUUUUGUAAUAUAUAUAUCGAAUUAUUUUUUAUCAUCGUACUUUUUCCCUGUGUGCGUGUGUGUGUGCGUGUGCGUGUGUGUGCGUGUGCAUUUCGAGCUUACUAGGCCUCAGGUCUGCUCUGCUCCAGUUGCCAACUCUUGCCAUACAUCAGAUGGGCCCACUGAUCCCCUCCCCAAAUUAGCCGAGAGGUGAUUGACACGUCCAUCAUCGCGCUGACUGGACGAGUGAACUGAGAGCCCGUGACCUGACUGGCUGAUACUUGAUUAAGACCGGAAGGCACAGGAGAGAAGUAGGCCAUUCAGCCCAUUGAGUUUCCUCUGCCAUGUGGCCGAGAUUGGUGGCCAGCCUGAUGAUCCUGCCCCCACUUUCCUGGCUUUUCUCCGUAGCCUUCGAUUCCCUCACUUGAAUAACGCAAGGGCAGACUGGGAUAGCGGCAGCGUAGAUGUCAGUGCGAGGCAAGAAUUCCGAGGAGCAUGUUAAGGGAAAUUUUCUGCAGCCGUACAUUCCAGUCCACAAUAAAAGGAGUCCCUUUUGCACCCUGUUCCUGGAGUGAGGAAUAUGUUUCCAGUUUGUUUUGCCCAUGACACUGGAUUUUUUUAACAACCUGAGUUCUUGGCAACUCCCUGAUGAUCCCUGAGAGAGUUGUCAGUCCUCCACCUAGUCAGGCAGGCAGACAUCCCCCUUUGCACAGACAGCCAAUGCUGCUUUGUUUCUUUUCCCGUUUUGUGCAUGUUUCGAUGUGUGUACUAAUCAGAUUUUGCACCCCACAGCGCUCGGAUUCUCCUACAGGACCCGAGAGGUGUCACUGUCACUUGACGACCUUCUUCCUCCACCACCCACCCAGGCCAGCUCCUUUGGACUGUAGCUCCUCAUUCCCCCCCAACUCUUCCCCCACCUCCGCCUUCGGAGGAAUCUGCGAAAUGGGUAGGGCCGUCAUCCAACCACAAAAGGACACCAGGAAAGCUGAAACAGAGGCAGAAAAUGCUUGGUUGGCCUCUCGGUUGUUGCUGUGAAGUGUGAAUCCGGUAUAUGUGCACGACCAGCUUCUUACCUCUGCCCCUCCUGUCCCUCAAACGGGCACACGGACCACACAGCACCAAAACCCAGUGCCUUAUACCAUCUGCCCCCACCACCAACCUCCAUUCACUGACCGAGAAAGCACUUGAUUGUGAACAGUUGAAUGCCGUGCCCACCGUCGUAGGCCCCAAGCAACGAUGUGCGGUAUCUGCUGGGUCAGCCCAGCCUGACUGGAGUCCCUAGCACUGAGAGUGUUGCAAACAGUGUUGACUGAACAGUGACGACUACAAGCUAUCGCAACAUAGCUCAGCAUUUGCUGGCUGUCAGUGGUUGCGUUUCACCAUGUGCAGAGAAGGAUUUGGUUUAUCGCUCUGGGUACAUGGUGAAGGUGAGACAUUGCACUGCAUUAAGCCGUGAGGGAAGAACGACAGAUUCUGGCUGAACCUAACCAAGCCAACAUACUGGGCAAAGUUUACCAGCUGAGAUUUGACCCCCUCCAUUGCUUGACAGUUAAUGCUGGCUGCCAUUUUAAUAGAGCUGGUCACCUAUUGUGCAAUCGUGUAUAGUUUAUUUAUGAUCUGCCAUGUUCUUGUGUUGGAGAACCACAUCAGGCAUUGCUGCAUUUCACUGACAAUCAAGCGCCAAGGUUGAAUUGUGCACGUAGUUACGUAUUGUGGUGGGAGUUGUCUGAGUAAAAGGAGGAGGAAAUGAGACUGCACCCUCUAAACUUGAUCUGAAUCCCCAUGACCAUAUUCUCAGAGGCACAGGAAGUGCAGGAGGCCUAGGUAGAGUCUGCUUUCCUUUGCCAGGGGGUAUUUUGUUUGGUGAGGGGUGGAGGGUGUGGGAAGGCGGUCUUUGGCAAGGUGGUGGUGGUGUUGCAGUGGGUAGCGAGAAGUUGGCAUUUACCCAAAGCUUAAACUCAUGCAGGAAUCCUUAAAGAAACCAGGUGUGAAGGAAAGCCGGCUUGUCCCCGUUUGGGAUCUCCGGGGCUGGCAGGAACAGGAAAGGCACGGUGAGCCAUCUGACAGAGAUGUGUGGAGUCCCUGGACCCAGGGCAGUCAUCCCGCUGAAGAGUUUGGACCUAAAUCGAUCUCCAUUUUGGAUGCCAGCAGACCUUCCGCAGGGUCGUGCUGGCAUCCCUCAUCAUUUUGUAAUUUCUUGUCGUGCCCACCAGUUCAGUCUUGGUGCCCGGUGACUCCAUGUUCACCUCUCCCUGUCACCCAGUACUUAGGAUAAAUCAGGCCCCACGCCAGCUCUGAAGUGUGGCACAAUGCGUUCCCUCAGAAUGAGACUCAGCCAGAGGGUGAAACCAGUAAAAAAAAACACUUGGAAGCGAAUACACUGCUCCUCCCUUUAGGAGGAUACUAUUCAAGGCUGUUCCACUCACCACAUUUUACUGUCUUUACCUUUUGGAUGGCUUUAGUGGCCCAGGACACUAAAGCAGUGUUCCUGUUGUAACUGUGUAUUGCAAACCACAAAGCUUUGUAAUAUAUAUUUCUAAUGAACAUUGCAAUAAAGUAGUCCAUAUUGUUUGUGACAAAAAUGUCUUUUUCAUACGGUUUGCUGCGUCCAAAUUUGACUUGUCUGUACUGAAUACAAAAAUCAAUAAAUGGAUUUUCCAAAAAAAA